AGGCCCCCAUAAAAGCGUCGACGUCGAGGCUUUCGUUCGUUGCUCGCCCCGACAUGUCUUACUACGUGAACGCCACCGCGCCCGCCGCCCCCUCCCCCGAGGCGUUGUACGCCAACCUCGACUUCAGCAAGCUCAGCUGGGUCGAGCAGCAGUGGGCGAGCUGGUACCUCUGGAUAGGCAACCCCAUCCUUGCCACGGGGUUGAUGAGCUUCCUUAUUCACGAGAUUGUGUAUUUCGGUCGUUGCAUUCCAUGGAUCAUCAUCGACGCAAUCCCCUAUUUCCGCCAGUGGAAGCUCCAGCCGAACAAGAUCCCGACAUCUCAGGAGCAGUGGGAGUGCACCAAACUCGUUCUGUUCUCUCACUUUACUAUUGAGGCUCCCUUGAUUUGGCUGUUCCACCCUAUCGCAGAGACCAUCGGCAUGGCGACAUGGCAGGUCCCUCUCCCAUCCUGGAAACUCAUGCUCCCGCAAAUCGCAGUCUUCUUCGUAUUUGAGGACAUGUUCCACUACUUCUCGCAUCAAAUGCUCCACCAGGGCGUCUUCUACAAGCACAUCCACAAGAUUCACCACAAGUACUCGGCGCCCUUUGGUCUCGCCGCCGAGUAUGCGCACCCCGCAGAGGUCCUGAUCCUCGGGACGGGCACGAUCGCGGGGCCGCUGCUCUACUCGUACUUCAUGCGCGACCUGCACAUCUUCACCGUCUACAUCUGGAUCACCCUGCGGCUCUUCCAGGCGAUCGACGCGCACAGCGGGUACGACUUCCCGUGGUCGCUGCAGCACAUCAUCCCCUUCUGGUCCGGCGCGGAGCACCACGACUUCCACCACAUGGCGUUUGUGAACAACUACUCGACGAGCUUCCGCUGGUGCGACUGGCUCGGCGGCACGGACACCAAGUACCGCGCGUACCGCAAGCGCAUGGAUGAGGCCAAGCGCCAGGCGAAGGCCAAGAACAUGUCCGUCGAGGAGUGGAAGGCGUUCGAGAACAAGAUCAACUCCGAGGCUGAGCAGGAGGGUCUCAAGGCGGAGGCGUUGGUCGAGGCUAGUGCGGACGGGAAGAAGAUUGAUUAAGGGCGCACGCAGCUACACUGGGAUUGGGGCUGGAAUAUUGUUAUAAUAUCACGUAUAGACACGCUAUCGGAAUUAAUGGCUCUGCUUUCUUGUUCUUAAUCGGUAUGCCUGCCGUGAGUGUCGUUCUGAGAACGGGUGUCUGUUCCCUUCGUGUCAUCGAAUACGUUCAAGACAGUUAAUGUGGCAUAGGAAUCAUUUCAUACAUGGGUGAACAGCAUAACACAUGGUACUCGCAUAGGCUACAUAGGAGGAUAGAACUGGAUACAUAGGAAAAGAAUGACAUGGAUCCGC